AUGUUAUUUAUACGAAAUCCCCAGAUGCUCAUUAGCCUGGAAAUAUUUGAAGUUCAUUUAACCAUUGGCCACACUGUGUAUACUGUGUGUGUUUUUCAUUCAUUGUGUUUCCUUGCUGUUUGUUUGGUCAAAUUUUGGUGGCUGCGUGCCGAGCCAUUUUGGUAUUUUGGUUUAGUUAAGUUUCCUAGUGCAAUCUGCACAAUCAAAAUGGAGGCAAUCAAUUCAGAAAGCAUAUGGGAAGCUGCUCUUCCAGAUGAUUACUUAACAGAAAUGCUAAUAAAUGGAGUGAAUGAUGAAAGUUGCGAUCAUAACCUUGGCUGUCCGGAUUUGAAUUUAGAAGAAAUAACAAGAGAUGGAUUAGAUUACACAACUGUCAAUUCUGAAGAAGUAACACUAAAAGUUGAAGUAAAUGAUAACAACAAUGAUUUGUCAAGAUAUACAGGGGAGACUAAACGUGGCCCGCCUAACAGUAACAAUUUCACCGAUAAAGCAAAUUUUCAUGUUGUGGUCAACAGUUCUGAUGUUCAAAAGAAGAAGUUUUUGUAUUCCUACAAACUCAACCGCAUCUAUGUGGACGUGAACUGCAAUUUUAGUCUCUCCUUCAACUGGGAUAAUAAUCAUGUUCCGGCACACAUGUUUAUUCGUUCCACUGUCGUGUUCUCCGAGGCCGAACAGUCGGAGAAACGUGUGGAACGUUGUCUACAGCACUUACACGAGAGUUCUGGAUUACCUGGACAUAUAAGCAAGAAUGUGUUACAUUCGGCUCGUGAUGUUGGCACUCAAGGCGUAUAUUACUGUGGAGACGCCAAUGUACGUGAUUCCUGGUUCUCUGUCGUUGUCUAUCACAACAAAACGAACGAGGAACCCUGCACCCAUGCAUACAAGUUCACCUGCAAGAGUUCCUGCCCAUCCGGCAUUAAUAGAAGACCCAUUGCUAUUAUUUUCACACUAGAGGAUGUGAAUGGCCAUGUCUAUGGACGUCAGACUGUAGGAGCGAAGGUGUGCGCGUGCCUUCGCCGGGACUUGCAUAAAGAUGAAGAAUCCGAGGGCCUAUUCAAAACUGGAAAGAAACGGAUUCCAUCAAACCAAAUCGUUCAGAGGGUGACCAAGAAAAUUAAAGUUGAGACGCGAGAUGUUGAACACCAUAUGGCUAUGCUGCCGAAUAUUACAGUAGAAGUGAACGCCAUGGCAUCAGGUCUUCGAACGAUGAUCGACGCGAUGAAAAUCGCUGGACAACACGAUCCAGAGGUGGUAGAGAAGUACGCAACCAGCAUUGCGCAGUUGCGAACAUUUUUAAGCACCUUGGAGAACGGAACAGUUCCACAAUAG